UGGUUUUUGGAAGAAUUCAUAGUGUAUUGCAAGAAUCAGAUACUAAUAACUUGGUUGUUCGUUUUGAGUGUGUCUUAGAUAAUAGGCACCAUGGCUGCUGCUGCAGUGCACUGCAAGUGCAGACGCAGGGCUCUAGGUGA